AUUAAAGAUUCUGGAGAUUAUUCUCAGAACCCAAAAAGGAUCAAAGUUUAAGAAUAAAAUCUAUUUAAGAGAGAAGUUUUGAUUUUCAAUUGGUGAAGAAGAGAAUGGUUAAGGUUUUGGUGUUUGUGUUUUUUUUUAUGAACGUUGGAUUGGAUUGGGCUCACUGUAAUGGAUUUGGAGAGCAGCCACUUUCCAAGAUCGCCAUACACAAAGCCACUAUUGCUCUUCGUCAUUCCUCUUCCUUGAAAGCCUAUCCUUUUGUUCUUGGCUCAAAGGGUGAAGAUACCCAAUGGGUAACUGUGGAUUUACAACACUCUGAACCUGCUUGGGAUGACUGGGUUGGUGUUUUCUCUCCUGCAAAAUUCAACUCAUCGACUUGCCCACCCGAAAAUGCCCCAAAAGAGCAGACUCCAUACAUAUGCUCUGCCCCAAUCAAGUACACGUUUGUGAGAGAUUACUCUCAUUAUGAAAAGACUGGCAAAACUUCCUUGAGGUUCCAACUGAUAAAUCAGCGGGCGGAUUUUUCAUUUGCGUUAUUUGCAGGCGGGUUGUCAAAUCCAAAACUGGUGGCAGUUUCAAACGUCAUAUCAUUUGCCAAUCCAAAAGCGCCAGUCUAUCCAAGGCUUGCUCUUGGGAAGGCUUGGAAUGAAAUGACAGUAACCUGGACAAGUGGCUAUAAUAUUGAUGAGGCUGUUCCAUUUGUUGAGUGGAGUAUGAAAGGAGGAAGUAAAAUGCGAUCGCCAGCCGGAACUUUGACAUUUAGUCGGGGGAGCAUGUGUGGUUCACCAGCAAGAACAGUUGGGUGGCGUGAUCCUGGUUUUAUACAUACAAGUUUUCUGAAAGAUUUGUGGCCAAACUCUGCGUACACAUACAGGCUGGGCCAUCUUUUGUUGGAUGGUUCAUAUGUCUGGAGCAAAAACUAUUCCUUCAGAUCAUCUCCGUAUCCCGGACAGGACUCGUUACAACGUGUUAUAGUGUUUGGCGAUAUGGGCAAGGCAGAACGUGAUGGUUCCAAUGAGUACAGUGAUUAUCAGCCUGGUUCACUCAACACCACUGAUCAACUCAUCAGGGACUUAGAAAACAUCGAUAUAGUAAUGCAUAUCGGAGAUAUUUCAUAUGCAAAUGGGUACAUCUCACAGUGGGACCAAUUCACGGCUCAGGUGGAGCCCAUUGCAUCAACUGUACCGUAUAUGGUUGCAAGUGGUAACCACGAACGUGAUUGGCCAAACUCGGGGUCCUUCUAUGAUACUCCGGAUUCGGGUGGAGAAUGUGGUGUAGUGGCUGAGACUAUGUUUUAUGUUCCAGCUGAGAACCGAGCCAAGUUUUGGUACUCGACGGAUUAUGGCAUGUUUCACUUCUGUGUAGCUGACAGCGAACAUGACUGGAGGGAGGGGACGGAACAGUACAGGUUCAUUGAGAAAUGCCUUGCAUCUGUGGAUAGGCAGAAGCAACCUUGGCUGAUCUUUAUUGCCCAUCGGGUGCUCGGGUAUUCCUCCGACAACUGGUAUGGGCUGGAGGGCGCAUUUGAAGAGCCCAUGGGAAGGGAAAGUUUGCAGAGACUUUGGCAAAAAUACAAAGUGGAUAUUGCGUUUUACGGCCACGUCCAUAACUAUGAAAGAACAUGUCCCGUAUACCAGAGCAAAUGCGUGAACGGCGAAAAAUCCCAUUACUCGGGUGUUGUGAAUGGAACCAUCCAUGUUGUGGUCGGGGGUGGUGGGAGUCACUUGUCUGAGUUCAGCAAAGUUGUACCAAAUUGGAGUAUCUUCAGAGAUUAUGACUGGGGAUUUGUGAAGCUGACAGCCUUUAAUCACUCAUCACUUCUUUUUGAAUACAAGAAGAGCCGUGAUGGCGAAGUAUAUGAUUCUUUCACCAUUUCUAGGGACUACAAAGAUGUCUUGGCUUGUGUCCAUGAUGGCUGUGAAGCACAUACUUUGGCAUCUUGAAUAAUAUUAUUAUUUUUUUCUUCCAUCCUAUUUUGUAGUAUAAUAGUGGAAUUAGGUCAUGCACAGAUGGUGAAUUUCUGCAGCAUUAUUCCCAUGCCUAAUAGUUAACGAAUAAUAUCCAUGUGACAAAUCAAUGUCGUAGGUACGGAAAAUCCGACAUUGGAUUACAUUUUAAAUUCAAUGUCUUAUUGUUCUUCUUUUUAUCCACAUUCUUAUUAUCAAAUCCUUUAUACCCUUUUACUUGAUCA